AUUUAUUUGUCUAUUCUUUUCUGUGCCGAGGUGGUGGUGCCGUCGAAGCCAAAUUCAUGUCUAGGGUAGGUGGUUUGCGGCGAAGUACAGAACGCACAGGUUCAACGCUUGGACCAGCUGUCAAUCCCACCCCGGCAUUAAACACCACAUCAUCGUCACUCUGAGGUGCAAGGUCAAUCGCCAACACCAACACCACCCACCAUGACCGAGACCACCCUCAGCCCCGAAGAUGCCGCUGCCCAGCGCGCCUCGGAACAGGCUCGUCUGCGCAAGGAGCGUCGUGAAGCUAAGAUCAAGGCUGGCGGCUCUGCACGCCUGAACAAGAUCACUGGCGCCAGCGGCGGUGUCCCUCGUGACUCAGAGCCUGCGCCCGCAUCCUCGGCAGCGGCGUCUCCGGCCUCUACCCCUGCCCCCAAGCCCGCUGCGGCCUCGCCGUCAGGACACGCAGACCCCGACGAGGUCGACAUCUCGGAGCAUUUCUACGAGCCCAAGAAGGCGGCCGCACGCAGCGCCCCCGCCGGCGGCCCGGCCAUGUCGGAGGACGAACUCCGCCAGAUGAUGCUCGGCUUUGAACGUGGCACCCCCGGCGGACCCAGCCCCGGCCCGGGCACGCCUGGCAACCUCGAAGAAGAUCCCAUGAUGAAGAUGAUGUCCCAGUUCAUGUCCGGCGCCGGCCUUCCCCCCGGCUCAGCACCUCCAUUCCCCGGCAUGCCUGGUAUGCCCGGUAUGCCCGGUAUGGGUGCGAACCCCUUCCAGCCCCAAGCUGCGCAGUCCUCGACCUCUACCAACAUCUGGCGCCUGCUACAUGCCCUCGUUGCCCUCGGUUUGGGCUUUUACAUUGUCCUCCUGACGCCUUUCAGCGGUUCUAAGAUUGAGCGCGAGCGCGACGCCCUCCCCAUCACCACACCGGACGACCCCUUCAGCACCCCCGUUGGCGCCACUGACAUCAAAUCCGAGCUCGACCAGCGCAAGCGCCUCUUCUUCUGGACCUUUGCCACUGCUGAGACGCUGCUCCUGACGACACGCUUCUUCCUGGACAAGCGUGGCCCGCCGCCCACGGGCAUCCUUGGCACGGUUAUGGGUUUCCUACCCCAGCCGAUCAAGGGAUACAUCGAAAUUGCGUUGCGAUAUGCGAGCAUCUUCACGACGGUGCGGGGCGAUAUGCUGGCGUGCAUUUUUGUGCUGGGCGCGUGUUCGUGGUUCAGAGGAUAAGGGGAUAGACAGGGAACGGAAGCAUCAUAGCAAUGGAGUUAUGGGUUGGAAUUUGCGUAUUUGGUGUCCACGAGAUCCUUGUCGUGCAUGUGAAUGUAAUAUGAUACAUUCAUUACGCCCCGAGUCUGGAUUGCCUACGUUGGUGGAUUUCUAUGAAUUAAAUGUCAGAGAUUCCAAGCCCGCAGUGGAUGGCAUGAAACGCCAGACUAAGAUGAGAACAAUAAAGCAACUUUUAUAAGGGUAUGAUGGUCAUCUCGAAGACUCG